AGGAAGAAAAAAAACGCGUGAAAGCGAUAGGAACAUCUGGCUGGAUUCAGAGCAGCAGCAGCAGCAGUCACUCACAGCGCUGUGGAUAUCCAAGCAGUCUAUCGCUACAAAAGGCGUUUUCUCUUCUGGAGGUGCAUACAGGCGGAUGCGCAGUAGAGGCGAUCCCGCACAGCUGCAGCCCCUCAGCGGCACGCCGGGACGCUUCAGGUUGUGUUUUCCCGAGCAAAGCGUAUUUUUCACUAAAAACGGAGGGGGAGGCUGAUACAUUUCUCCGGUGUGAUCGUAGAGGAGUCGUCCUUUAUCUGCUGCUCAUGGAUUUCUUGAAGGGCAUCGCUGGUUUCGCAGGCCGUCACAUGUUAUAGGAGCCGUGGCGCGUGUUUCGGGACACCUGAAUUAUCUCACAGUCGGUCCCAUUUUAAGGCAACAAGGAUGCUCUCAGGAGGAAAUCAUCCCAAACACACCCUCCUUUGACUUGGCUUCAUGUUCCAUCUGCAAGGUGUGUUAACCUGACUGAAAAGCCAAAUGGAGUCUCUCCUGGUUUAUCUGAUUGUCCUCGGCGUGGCUGUGAAGGCGCACAAAGUUCAGAUCUGCCCAAAACGCUGCGUAUGCCAGGUGCUAAACCCUAAUCUUGCGACACUCUGUGACAAAAAGGGUCUCCUGUUUGUGCCGCCGAACAUCGACAGGCACACGGUGGAAAUGCGCCUUGGAGAUAACUUUGUAACCAGCAUCAAACGCAAGGACUUCGCCAACAUGACCAAGCUGGUAGAUCUGACACUCUCGAGGAACACUAUCGGCACCAUCGCACCGCAUGCUUUCAAAGACCUGGAGAAUCUGCGAGCCCUUCACUUAGAUAGCAACCGACUCACUCGUAUUACCAAUGACACCUUCAGCGGCAUGUCAAAACUGCACCACCUCAUCCUCAACAACAACCAGCUCACUCAUAUCCAGACCGGGGCCUUUAAUGAUCUGACAGCGCUGGAAGAGCUCGACUUAUCCUACAACAACUUGGAAGGAGCUCCAUGGGUCGCCAUUCAGAGGAUGUCCAACCUCCACACGCUCAACCUAGACCACAACAUGCUUAGCUACAUCCCUGAAGGCACCUUCGCAGGGCUGCAGAAGCUCAAGAGGCUGGACGUGACUUCCAACAAGCUCCAGAAGCUUCCACCUGACCCCGUUUUCCAAAGAGCGGGGGUCCUCGCCACCUCUGGGAUUAUGGGUCCUUCGUCAUUUGCGUUAAGCUUUGGAGGAAACCCGCUCAGGUGUAACUGUGAGCUGCUCUGGUUAAGGAGACUGAGAAGGGAGGAUGACCUGGAGACCUGUGCCUCGCCGCAGCACCUCGCUGGACGCUAUUUCUGGACCGUUUCAGAGGAAGAGUUCCUAUGUGAGCCUCCUCUCAUCACCAGGCACUCUCAGGAGCUGCGAGCUUUGGAGGGUCAGAGCGUGACCCUGCGCUGUAAGGCCAGAGGGGACCCUGACCCCAUUAUCCACUGGAUCGCCCCAGACGGACGCCUCAUGUCCAACUCCUCCAGGGUGGCCGUCCACACAGACGGCACGUUGGACAUCCUCAUCAGCACCGUCAAGGACUCCGGUUCCUUCACCUGCGUGGCCUCAAACCCGGCAGGUGAGGCCCAGCAGACGGUGGAUCUGGUCAUCGCCAAACUCCCUCACAUCACCAACAACACAGUGGCAGAGCAGGAGCCCGACCCUGGAUCAUCAGAUAUCGCCACCGUGACGAAGACAGGGGCAGAAGCAGGAGGGUUGCCUCUGGGGAACGCCAAGACAAGCCAGGAGAAAAAAGUAGUGAUUGCUGAGGCCACGUCCACCUCGGCUUUGGUCAAGUUUAACUUUCAGAGGAGUAUUCCUGGGAUACGCAUGUUCCAGAUCCAGUAUAACGGCAGCUAUGAUGAUUCACUGGUGUACAGAAUGAUCCCCCCCUCUAGUAAGAGCAUCCUGGUGAACAACCUGGCUGCUGGUACACACUACGACCUGUGUGUGCUCGCUAUCUACGACGACCAGGUGACAGCGCUGACCGCCACCCGUGUCAUUGGCUGUGUCCACUUCACCACAGAGCCGCAGUACCUGAGGUGCCAUUUCAUGCAGUCCCAGUUUCUCGGUGGCACCAUCGUGGUUAUCAUUGGAGGGAUUAUUGUGGCCUCAGUGCUUGCUUUUAUCAUCUUCCUCAUUGUGCGCUACCGGGUGUGUAACCAAGGAGAUACAGAUAAGGCUUUAGAGAUGGGAGAUAUUCGCUCUCUGAGCAGCGAUGGACAGCUACAGGGCUGUGGGAUCCCAAAGUCCCUCUCCAAGCAGGUUCUGCGCCCAGAGAAGAAUGACAAGGAGUCCCUCCGAGUUGCCCUGCCGCCCCCUGAGCCAGCCAAGCAGCGAGCAGCGGUCGCAGUAGCAAACACCAAACCCUCCGUUCCCGACUGCACCGUCUCUACCUCUGCUGCCAGUCACAGCUGGCACCCAGCCUCCCCGGGUGCGCCAAGGCCGAAACGUUCCAGCGCUCCCCAAAAACCCUCUGAAGCCCGACGAGGUGAAGCUCUAGCAGACGUUGAGCUUGAGAACAUGAACCGAAAUAACUCCUCAAAGGUUAAAAUGGCCACCACCGCCGUUGCUUUGGCUAUUCCCGGCCAGCCUGUCAAAUGGACUGCAGCACCACCCAGGGGUCCACGGCCCCACCAAGCCUCUCGACAUUACAUGACUGUACCUGCAGGGAGCGUGAGGGUGAACCGCAGGCACUCUAUUAAUGCAGACUCUUAUCGGGAGCGCUGUUAUGUGGCCUACCCAAAAACUGGGGCCAGUCUCCGCUCCAAACGGAGCCUUUCCAUAAGUGGAGAGCUGCCGCAGCUGGAGAGCACAACAAACAUUCAGCGGGCUAGGGACAAACUCUCCAGGUCUGAGUGGCUGCUGGAGAGCACUUUAUGAUUUGGAGUUUACAACCUGCAUUCUCUUGCUUUCUUGGAUUGGAUUUGUGGCCCGUUGUGAAACUGGGACGGAGUUUUAUGCCUUGUUUUGAGCUUUGUGCUCUCUGUUGAGGGACCUGUAAGCUUCUCUCAUAUAUUUGGGGGCAAGGCAGGCGUGCAGGGUUAUGGGAAAGGUUUCACAUUUGUUUUCUACCUUAUAACCUAUCAAAGUCUUCUUUAUAAUGGUCAAACUUUGAAGAAAGGCACAACAAUGUAUAAAACAACUUCAUGUACAGAAAUGUUUAGUUGUGGGAGAUACUGUAUAUCUCAGCACAACCAUAAGUGUUCAUGUGGUGUUGAAUGCAGUAACCUGGACAUACUGUAUUAUAACAAAGGUUGAAACAUGCAGGUGGGGUUAAUAUACUCGCAUUCUCAUGACCUGACACUUAACAUGAUACAAUCUCUGUAGACUCUGAACGUGAUUCUUGUCUCCAGCUCUACAGACAGACGGUGACAUGUCUUAAUUACCUUGGCGGUGGUUUGGAGAGAUUACGAAUGUGCUUUACAUCCCAGAGGUGUUGGAACAGAAUGUAGUAGACAGACAGCGCUCCAUCUAUUCAUCCCGACACCCCCAGACGCAGCACAAUGCAGUAUUUUUGUGGCACAAGUCGUUUCAGCCUAAUACUGCCCUCGGGUUUGAAUCGAUACAUUUUUAUCACAUAAUUACAUAAAGACUCCACUCUGAUAGGAUUCCUGUCGUGACUGAUUCACGCAACAAUUGAGCCAACGACAACAGCAUGACAGGUGGGGGGAGUAAUCUGAUAUUACACGUGGAUGAGAUCCAAAGGAAUGGUUCAUUUCCAUAUUUUUUACUUACUGACGUUGUCGUGUCACACUGAUGACAGCCAUUGUAAAUUAACUUGUCGAUGUAAGAGAAACGAUAAUCACAAGUAUGGGAGG